GCACAGGGUCUUAACCACUGGACCGCCAGGGAAGUUCCAGGAAGUGAUCUAUGCAACACCAGGUGCACUAGCAGCCAUCUUGCAAACAAGAGGGAAAAGCCAAGAAAUUGCAGAGUUAUGAACCCUGACAUCACUGGCCUGUCCUCGGAGCCAGGCCCGGCUAUAUCCCCACCAUAGGGGAAGGAACCGCGGCUCAGAGAAGCAAAGCAGCUUGUCCAGCCGUACGGCUACAGGAGAUGCAACAGGAUUUGAACUCAGGUAGAAGCUGUCCAGCCCAGGAUGGACUCUGACUCCUCCACCCGCCCCUCUUGAGGCCUCAGUCUCCGUGUGAAAUGGGGCCCGCCGGGAGCUUGCCAUUCUGUGGUCCCGGUGGGGGCGGAGAUGUACCAGCGCGAGGAGCUGGCCUCUGCUGGCCCAGCAGGCCAGGGCUCAGCCACGCAACCACCAACCCUUCCACCUCCGUGUCUGGUCCCUCCCUGCUGGUGGGAUGAAGGGGCUGGGGCUGAGGCAGCCCUGACGGGGCGGGGCGGUGCCUGGAGGGCGCAGCCUGGGCCUCUGGGCUUCAGUUUCCUCUUGUCUGUGACGGGCACCGAACAACACGCCCGCAACAUGCCUGCGGCUGCUUGGAAGGCUCGCAGUGAUCUAAGCCUGGCUGGCGUGGAGGGAGGGUGUGGACCUCCCCGGCCACCCCCUCUUGGGGCCCCAGGUCGGCCCCAGGCAUUUCCGGGCAGCCUCAGGAAAUACCAGCACACACACACACACACACACACACACACACACGCACACACACACGCACACACACACACACACACACACACACACACACACACACACACCCCCCAACGCUGUCGGCGGGCCUGACGCCACCACCGACCUCCCCGCCCCUCCCCCACCUCCUUCCGGCCGUGGGCCUUGCUCACUUCUCCACUCUGGGCAGUGCCUGGCCACCCGCGCCACCUCCUACACAGUCUGCGCCUCCUCCCUCCUCUCCCACCAGCUCUCUCUUCCUCGCUUGGAGAAGGGGGCAUGGGGGGCAGGCUGGGUUCCCGGUAACUGGGUGGCAAUGCCUGACAGGCUAGGCGACUGUGAUUUGGAAAAUGGAAAAAGUUUCGGGGGAUUCUGAAAACCUAGAAAAGGAAUCACGGAAGCAAUCAGGGAAGGCUGCCUGGAGAAGGUGACAUUUAAGUCUGGUCCUGGGAGACCAAGCCAUUGACCAAGGACAGGUGUUUAAGACAGUAAUUCAUUUAUUUGAUGAGCAUUUAUUGAGCACUUGCUGUAUGCCAGUCCCUGUGCUAGGCCCUGAGUUCUGGCAGGAGGCAAGAUAAGUUUGUGCUCUCAUGGGGUUUGCAGUGGGGGAGUCAGAGGCUGCGAAGGGGUAAGCACUACCUCACAACCUGGGCUCAGAGCUACUGAGGGAGGGUAGGUGAGGGGAGGCGAAAGGUGCCAAGCUAGUCUGAGGAGGGUGGCCAGUGGGGGCUUACCCCCCCGUCGCUCAAGGGCAUUGCACGACUGACGAGGAAACAGCAAGUGCAGAGGCUGAAAGUCAAGAGGUUGCAGGAGGCUCGGCUGCCGGACAGUGGACUAGGUCAGGAGGCCGCUGAGGACAGGGCAGGGAAGUGACUGGCCCGAGGUCACAAGUGCUGGAACGCAGGGACGUGAGCUCAACCGCAGGAGUGUCCGUAACUUUUUAAAGCGGGCCUGCAGCAGCACAGCCUCUGGAACAGCGGCCAGCCUUCCUUGGUAAGGCUGCCGGGCCACCUGGGGCAGGUGCUGAUGGAGGGGACAGCUAACUGCCGGGAGGAGACGCUCCCUGAGAGAGGCAGCAGCGGAAGUCGCCGUGGGAUGGUGGAGGCUGUGGUGGCUGUGAUGUGGUUUCUCUGCAGCCCCUGUGGUAACAGCCCGGGUGCUGUGCCUGCCCUCCUGUGGCUUCUGCGCCCACACACAGCCCUCGCUGGGGCUCCCUUUGUUUCCUGGAGCUCGGACUGGGGCUGGGAGCCGAGCCGGGACCCUUCUCAGUCCCAGGAGACCUCCCACUCUUUAUCUCCUGGGUAGCUGCGGCCUCCUUUAUAGAAGAGGAAACUUGGGUUCAGAGAGGGAUGGUGGCUGGUCCAGGACCACACAGCAAAGGGCUAUGUCAGGCACCCACAGCUGUGGGCUCCUGCCUUUCCCUGUCUCAUUUCCCCACGCCCCUAAAGGUGAUUCCUGGGGUCACAUCCAAACGAACAGCUUCCAUUUGAAUCCUUGUUCUAGCUGGGCUUCUGGGGCACCAAAUGCAGACAUUUGGUCAGUGAGUCUUCGAACGUGAUUGAACGUGAGCACAGUUCCCAUGCACACAGGACAGGCUCUAAAUGCUAUUUACAGCCCCCAUUUGUGCAGGGAGUGGGUAAGGACACAGACUCUGGGUUCCAAGCCCCGGGCUGCCGCCUCUUAGCUGUGUCACUUCGCUUUCCUGUGCCUCAGUUUCCUCAUUGGUGAAAUGUGAUCAUGAGGGUGACUUCCAAUUGGAUCGGUGUGAAGGUUAAAGGAGAUAACAGGGAAGUGCUUAGGAGAGGCGCCCGCCGUGGUGGUGUCCAUGUGGGUGUGCAGUGGUCCCGCCCAGAGGAGGUGGCCUCCCAGACCUGCUCCAUCCUUGCAGUCGCCCUGUCAGGCAGUGCUUCACACUUCACUUCACAGAUGGGAGACUCGCAGGGUGGGCUUGGAGGUCGCCCAGAGUCUCCCAGCUGGUGAGCGGUGGUGUCGGGACCGGAACCCAGGCCAGGCUGGCUCAGACAGCCCUGGAGUUCCCCCGUGGACAGGGCAGGCUGUGACUCAAGUCUGCAGGAACGUGGGCAGGCGUGUAGGGUAAGCGGGCUUCGGGGUUGGAGGUGAGGAGGGGGCCCCAUUUUAGCGGCCGGGGAAGCCCGCUGGGGAGACGGACUGAGGGGAUGGAGCGCGGGGCGUCCGGGUGUGUGGGGAAGGGCAUUCCUGGCAAAGGGAACAGUGAACAGUGAGGGGAGAAUGGGGCGGGGGCAGGGUGGGCAAGGCCUUCUAGCCGCGGUGGGGCGGAGCUGUGGAUUUGAUUCUAAGUGUGCUGCAAAGUCCUUGGAGGGCUUGGGAGGGGUGACGCUAUUCGGUCUCCCCAGCAGCCCUGCCAGCAAGGCACGGCAGCCCCGCCCCCGAAUUGCGCUGAGGAAGCUGAGGCUCUGAGGGUCCCUGUGUGCUGCCUUGGUCUGGGGUCACCAGCACAGAGCGGCGGCUGGACUCUGGCUCCCAAAACUGCCCUUUGUGCGGGGUGCUGGGUGCGGCUACAAGUGCCCCCCACCCCCUGACCACAGUCGGAUACCCCUGGGCUUGCGGAGUGCCUUCCCCCAGGGACGGCCUGUCUUCCAUCGUUUACUCUCAACAAACAUACUCGGACAUUAUGCUCCAUCUGAGCAUAAUUAUGCCCGAACUGUGCAGGGGGAGGAGACACAGGUAAGAAAGGCCAGUCCCAGCUCCCCCUCUCCAAGAAGCAGCUGGACCACAGGGUGCAGAACCUACACUGUCACCGUCCAGGAGGCAGGUGCCAGGAUGCCUGUGGCAUCCAGGAAGGCUCCCAGGGCAGGGUGACCACUGGAUCUUAAAAGCCUAUGGGCACUCAGCCAGGCUGACUUCUAGAAGGAUCCCAAAAGGUGGAGAGGGGGCUCCAGGCAGAGGGAACAGCACACACGGAUGCUCAGAGGCCAGCAAAUGCAGGCCAUCUGGGGAACCCCGGGUGAUGGGUGGGUCUGCAGUGCAGGAUUGGGGGAGCCGUGCCCACCGAGGAGCCUGGAGAGGGCAGCCCCUCCCGUCCCCUGGAGCUCAGUAUCCUCGUCCACCCAGUGUGGAGCACAGGGAAGCAGAGAGACCAGGGAUGGGGAGAGGCCUGGGAGGGCCCAGGCUGGUUGGCAGGUCCCAGCUGGCCACUUGUCCCUCCCACCCUUGUCUGGGUGUGUGGGCAGCUCACAACCGGCACUCAGAUGAGGAGAACGAAGAUGCAAUUUUCUUAUCUUUCCGUUCAGUACCUCUUAGGCACAUUUGCAAAAAUUGAUAACAGAGUUGCUUUAUGUACCCGCCUUUUUUUUUUCUUAUAAGAAAUUAAAGAAAAAAGUGGAAGGAAGGAAAGAAGGAAGGGAGGGAGGGAGGAAAGGAGGGGAGGAAGAAAAUACGGAAGAGAAAGAAGCAGAAGGAAGAAAAGGAUUGGGAGAAUUUUUUUUUUUUUGGCCUUUUUCUGGUCCAAGUGGCCCCUAUAUUUGCAUUGUCUCACCCUUUGGAGUCACUGGCCUCCUGCCCUCUUUUUUGGGACCCCUCUGUCCUGGCCUUUUAACUGCUGUGUCUGUGUCAGCCUCUCCACAGCCUGGCAGCCCUGGCACAAGCCUGCUUCAGCCCCAGCCCCAGCUUCACUAGGAGGAGCUCAGAAAAGGACGGUUGCAUGAAUGAGCAGAGGUGAGCCGUGUUCCCAGGUCUCUGGAUAGACUGGUAGAUCCAGACACUCCACUCCAUCAGCCCUGGCCCAGGGCCCCUUCCUGAGCCAAGGCCAGCCCCCUUGGCAUUCUUCCAGCAAUGCUGAGCCCUGAGCGGAUGCGGACCCACUCUGCAUGUGGCCCCGGACUAAGUGCUUUCUCCAUCAUCUCAGUACCGUGAAGCAGGUCAUGGCUUCCAGCUUCUCGGACCUGAGGCUCCAACAGAGGAAAUGACCAUCAGGGACCCUGCUCCAGACCCAUUACGGAGACUGAACCUUCACGGGCUGCGAACCUGCCUGGGACAGGGAAGCUUCUCUCUUUGAAGGGCUUUACAUUUGUCACAGAGAAAGUAAAGAUGACGACUUCGUCUAUCAGACGACAGAUGAAAAACAUCGUGAACAAUUACUCGGAAGCCGAAAUAAAAGUCCGGGAAGCCACCUCCAACGACCCGUGGGGCCCGUCCAGCUCCCUGAUGACGGAGAUCGCGGACCUCACCUACAACGUGGUGGCCUUCUCGGAGAUCAUGAGCAUGGUGUGGAAGCGGCUCAACGACCAUGGCAAGAACUGGCGGCACGUGUACAAGGCGCUGACGCUGCUCGACUACCUCAUCAAGACGGGCUCGGAGCGUGUGGCCCAGCAGUGCCGUGAGAACAUCUUCGCCAUCCAGACCCUGAAGGACUUCCAGUACGUCGACCGCGACGGCAAGGACCAGGGCGUCAACGUGCGUGAGAAGGCCAAGCAGCUGGUGGCCCUGCUGAAGGACGAGGAGCGGCUGAAGGCCGAGCGGGCCCAGGCGCUCAAGACCAAGGAACGCAUGGCCCAGGUGGCCACCGGCAUGGGCAGCAGCCAGCUCACCUUUGGCCGGGGCUCCAGCCAGCCCAACCUGUCCACCAGCCACUCGGAGCAGGAGUACGGCAAGGCCGGGGGGUCGCCGGCCUCCUACCACGGCUCCACCUCCCCACGGGUGUCCUCAGAGCUGGAGCAGGCGCGGCCGCAAACGAGCGGGGAAGAGGAGCUGCAGCUGCAGCUGGCGCUGGCCAUGAGCAGAGAGGUGGCCGAGCAGGAAGAGCGCCUCAGGCGGGGAGAUGACCUCAGGUUGCAGAUGGCCUUGGAAGAAAGCCGCAGAGACACAGUUAAAUUUCCAAAAAAGAAAGAGCAUGGCUCGCACCCGCAGCAGACCACGCUGUUGGACCUGAUGGACGCUCUGCCCAGCGCGGGCCCUGCUGCCCCGAAGGCGGAGCCCUGGGGCCCUUCCGCUUCAGCCAGCCAGACCAACCCCUGGGGUGCUCCGGCGGCCCCCAGCAGCACUUCGGACCCCUGGCCGUCAUUCGGUGCCAAGCCAGCCACCUCCGUCGACCCAUGGGGGUUGCCCACCGGAGCCGGCACACGCUCCGUCCCCAAGGGCUCUGACCCCUGGGCCGCCCCGCAGCAGCCAGCCCCCAGUGCCGGGAAAGCCGCUGACCCCUGGGCCGCAGCGUCGGCCGCCAAGCCCGCAUCCCCCUCUGCCAAGGCGGCGUCUCCGCCGGCCCAGAACAGUGGAACUACCAGCCCCGACCCCUUUGAGUCCCAGCCCCCGACCGUGGCCUCAAGCAAGCCCAGCGGCACCCGGAAAACCCCCGAGUCUUUCCUGGGCCCCAACGCAGCCCUGGUGAACCUGGACUCGCUGGUGACCAAGCCAGCCCCACCGGCACAGUCCCUCAACCCCUUCCUGGCACCAGGUGCCGCCGCGGCCUCAGCCCCGGUCAACCCCUUCCAGGUGAACCAGCCGCAGCCGCUGACGCUGAACCAGCUGCGGGGGAGCCCGGUGCUGGGGAGCAGCGCGUCCUUCGGGCCCGGCCCGGCUGUGGAGCCCGUGGCUGUGGCCUCCGUGACGUCCGCAGCCUCCCACCCAGCCCUGGGGGCUGGCGGCUCCUCCCUGCCACCGCUGGGCCCCGCUGCUGUGAACAUGGUGGGCAGCCUGGGCGUCCCCCCGUCGGCAGCUCAGGCCACCGGCACAACCAACCCGUUCCUCCUCUAGUGCGCCCCCCCCCCCCAAGGACCCGCCGCAGAGCAUCCGUGCCGAGGACGCCGGGCAGGGGCUCUCGCCUGUGGAAUGGGGUCUGAGAGUGGGGUGGGUGUGCAGAGGGUGUCUUUGCGGCCCUGGCCCUCAGCCUGAGGGUCGAGAGGUGGUGGGCUUACUGAGGCGUCAUCACGCGGCACGUGGGUCCCCGAGCCUGUGUCGGGCGGGAGGACCCCUGACCCAGCCUGGCCGCAGGCCCGGCCCCCGUGGAGAUCUGCCGGCCCUCGGGGGCCUUGGAUGAGGAGGCGGCAGUGCUCAGUGCUGGCCCAGCCUCAGCCCCGGGCCUCUGGGAGCCCCCCUGCCCAGGACCUGGCCCCCACCCCCAGCCCUGGCGACCCCCCAGGCGUGGACGGGAUGGAGUGCGGGCUCCUCAGACACUGACCUUUGGGGGACGCGGUUGUGCGUAUUUUACUUUUCUUUGGCUCGUGUGUGAGUUCAAAGUAAAUGCCACCACCGUGGAACAACUCUUGACUUAAACCCACUAGAGCAAGCUUUAAACUAACCUGAGCGUAGCCCUGCCGCGUGCUCCAUGCUUGUACACGUUUGCACAGGUUUUGUUUAGUACAGUUUCAUAUUUGUUUGCAGAAUUAUCGAAUAGUCUUUUUUGGCUAAUAUUUUUAUAACGUCGUUCUUAUUUAACUGUCUAGUUUUGAUAGAAUUUACCAGGUCUGGCUGGAUUAAGAUAUUGGCAGCGUCAUGUUAGUGGUGUAAGUCCUCUUAUUUAUGGUUUUAACUCUGUAAGAAAAUUUAAAUAGGAAGAGACAAAAAAAAUGCCUUAUGGAAAAACUAAAGCAAAUUCUUUAUAGGAAAACAUAUGGGAAUUUGAUUAUGCAUAAAAGAUGUUUAUUUAAAAGGAAAAGAAAACUACAACAGUAACAAAAAAUCGUAGCCUCCAGUUGCCUUUCCCUUUAACUCCUUUUUUUGGUGGAUUACCAAACUGAUUGACUUCCAGCCUUUUUGGCUAGAUCUUAAGAGAGAGGCUAUUUUUCUUACUGAUGAACCAACAUGAAGAAAGUUAAAGACAAAAAAAAUCUAACAUAUGAAUGUGACUCAUCAGGUUUUAUCAGCUAACUCCUUUCUGUGACUGAAGGCAUGCAGUUAACAAGUCUUCGUUUACAGUGGGAACGUGGGAAGGAGAGGCUUCUGGAACCCUGUGUCUGUGACCCCCUCUAUCUUACUCCACACUCAGGGUAGAGGUGGGGACAGCGGGGGGGGGGGCGUCAUGUCGGGGGCAGCCCAGGCUGACAGGGGGAGGGCCCAGGGCUGGCCCCGACCUACGCACCCGCCCUCCAGACACCCGUUGCAACGUAGAAGUAAUCAUCUCUUACUUGGCAGAGGAAGAAAAAAUCAUUCUCACCCAGAAGAGAUUUUUAGCGAACGUGCACUAAUCUUACCUCCUUCUCCCCUGCUUUCCUCACCCCGCCCACCACUAUAAAAAAGUAUUAGGUAAGUCACAAAUGAAAGACCAGAAGAGACUUGCUUCUCCCCAGGGCAGGGCCAUUUCCCCCGAGUCCUGUCUGUCUGGUCAGCCGGCCUGGCGGGCACCUCAGUCUCACUCCACGUGGCGGACGUCUCACCUCUAGCACCAAGGGCAGCUGACAGCUGGGGGUCUCUCCUGGGGGGAUGGGGCCCCUCCCCCCUCUCUGGUUCCAGGAGCUCUGACCCUUGGCGCUGGGCACGGGAGGCUGACUCAGAACUGCCUGCUCAGGCCACUCCUGUUGCCAUGUAAAAGAGCUCACCCGUACUCCUCCCUGGGGCUACCCCCGGCCCAGAGCUCCUGCCCAGCCCCUGAGACCUGGGGCUGGACCAUGGGCUCCAGAGUCAUCCACGAAGGCCCGUCCGGCCUCUCCCAGCAGCCUGGGGGAGGGUGGGGCAGGGCGGGGCUCGGGGCAAGGUGCUCCCCCGGGAGGUAGGGGCCGACCCCCUCACCGGGCACAGGACCACGCUACUGGGGUCAUGAUUCCUCGUGAGAGUGAGGGGCCCUUCCCGAUGGGACUUUAAGGCCCCGAUGUCACAGCCAGUGGCCCACCCAGGCCCAGGCAGACUCCCGCCCAGCUCCCGGCUCAGGCCCACCCCCAGGUGCCUCAUCCGUGUUGCCCGUUGCACUGAUCAUGAAGCCACUGGUGCUGCCACACGUGUGGGACACAUGCCAUCAAGCUCCCUCCUGCCGGGCACCGUGGUAGGGGUGUUGCCCAGCCGUUUUCUCAGUCCCAGGGGCGGGUGGCCGGUUUGGAACUCGUGUUGACUGUUGAUACUUAUUUACUGUAUAAAUAUAAUUUAUCAUUUGUAUCACGA